UACACCUACGAAUAAACCCAGUAUGAAAUCUUGGAAAAAUUAUGGUUUUUCAGUUUUAUUCUGACGGGUUUAAAAUUGAUGAAACUUGACCUACAACAUCCUUACACCAAUUGUUAACAUCAAAAAGAGACUAAGGUGAUGAAUUCAGUUCGGUCCAAGGGGGGUUCUGAGAAGCAGUCAGGGACGGAGGAGGAGGAUGACAGGGAAGGGAGUGCCUCGAGGAACAUGAUUGAGGUGAUCAAGCGACGCAGGAACCUUACUUCCCCUUUUCACAGUCGUCAGAAGCGUCUUGGACCUGCAUACGCAAUACCUCACGCCGGCAAUAAGUUCUGGUUCGCACAUGUCGGCUGGAAACGCACCCACGGGGCUGCCAUUUUGGGCUACAUACUCGGACUGGGUCUCCUUCUGGGCCAAUGUAUCACACCCGCUGUCUAUUUCAGAAUUGAAGACAACCAGGCAACAUCAGUAUCUGUUUCACAGCUUUUGGGCGAUGACCUAUCGAUUCAGCACGAGAAGUUUUCAUCUGGGCAAAUUGAUGACCUAAUAACGGACAGUGAGCAUCAUUAUCUGAAUGAGCAGCAACAGCAGCAGCAGCAGCAGCAGCAGCACAAGCACAACUGGGAUUGGAUUUCGGCAGGGGGCGAGUGUGGGGAUGAGUCACUGAACAACACCUGUGACGUCAUAGUAUUCAAUCUCUUCUCCAAGACAUUUCACCUCUACUUUCUCUACAUGACUGUAUUCCAGAUGCUUCUGGCUGGCACUUGUCUGGCGCUGACCAGUUGGAAGUUAUUCACGCGUCACAAGAUGGAGAGAUUCUGUCUGCAGCAGGCUAGACUCAUCUUCGACUUCAUUCUCACCCUCACCUCCCUUAUAAGGACAUACUUUGCCUACUCUACCCGAUCACUCUUAGCCCAAGGUCAACCGGGUUCAAAUUCACUCAUGUGA